GCUCACGUCACUGCUCGCUGCGGCUGUAUCCUGAGCCCGGCCGAGAGGCUUGGCUGCAAACGCGGGAGCAGGCACCGCUGGGUCUGCAGGGCUGGGGGGCCCCUCGGAUUGGCCAUGGGACCCGGCAGAGGCAUCUGGGAAGGAUGGACCUCGGAAAGUGAGGCCGUGACGCGAGAGCCGAGUACCUGGCUCCUGGUGUGCACCUGCAUCGGCGCUUGGGUUGGCCUGGGAGUCUCCGUCCACGCGGCAGGAGGAGGGCUCGUGGCUGGGUCCUUCACCUGCCUCAACAACAACAUCCUGAGGAUUGAUUGCCGCUGGUCUGCUGCAGAGCCGGGUCAGGGCCCCAGCCCCUGGCUGCUCUUCACCAGCAACCACGCUGUGGGCAGCGUGCACAGAUGCGUCUUCCGGGCCAGCGAGUGCACUGUGGUGCUGCCGCCCGAGGAGGUGCUCGUGCCUUCCGACAACUUCACCAUCACUUUCCAUCGUUACGUCUCUGGGAAGGAGCAGGUCAGCCUGGUGGACCCGCACUACCUGCCCCGGAGGCAUGUGAAGCUGGACCCUCCGUCUGAUUUGCAGAGCAACGUCAGCUCUGAGUACUGUGUCCUGACCUGGAGCGUCGGUCCUGCCUUGGAGCCUCUGACCUCCAUGCUCAGCUAUGAGCUGGCCUUCAAGAGGCAGGGGGAGGCCUGGGAGCAGGCCCGGCACAGGGAUCGCAUUUUUGGGGUGACCCGGCUCCGGCUUGAAGCCAUCGAGUUAGACCCCGCUUCCAGCUACGAGGCCAGGCUGCGCGUCCAGAUGGCCGCGCCGGAGGGUGACACGGUGGAGGAGCCGCACUACGAGGGCCAGUGGAGCGACUGGAGCCAGCCUGUGUGCUUCCCCUCCCCCCGGCCCUCGGCCCGAGGCCCCCUGUUCUCACCUCGGGGGCAGCCCGAUGGCACCCUUGUCGCCGUGCCCGUCUUUCUGCUACUGACCAGCCUGACCUACCUCCUGUUCAAGUUUUCACCCAGGGUAAAGAGAAGCUUCUACCAGAACGUGCCCUCACCGGUGGCCUUCUUCCAGUCCCUUUACAGCGUGCACAAUGGGGACUUCCAGGCCUGGAUAGGGGCCCACAGAACCGGUCUGCUGCUGAGCCAGGGCUGUGUCGGUUCCCCGAGAAGAGCCUCGGAGUCUAGCGUCCAGGAGGCCAUUGCAUGGCUGAGCUGUGAGCCCGUGGAUCCCUGGCAGCCGGCGGUCCUGGAGGAGCAGGAGAAGGGCCCUGGCCUCCCAGAGGCUGUGCCGCUAGCAGGGCCGGUGGCGCAAGGAGGGCAGCCCCCUGCCUACCUGCCACAGGAGGACUGGGUCCCUGUGAGCCCCACAAGGCCAGCUCCCCCGCAGGCAGAGGGCAGCGGCGGUGACUACUGUGCCUUGGGCUGCCCCUCCGUCUUCCCAGGAGCCAUGCAGAGCUCUGGGCCGAGCCUGGCUCUGGCCUGUGGCCGGCAGAGCCUGAAUGCCUGGCGAGGAGGGACCUGCCUGGGAGAUGGUCACACAGAGGUGCCAGACACCAGUGAAUGUGUCGCAUGAGGCCCUCAGGGCAUUUUCUUCCCUCCUACCCUUUGCAGACACUGGGUUUGAUCUAGAACCCUGACUUGGCCAGGUGCAUAAGGUCCACCAGGUGGAAAAUGGACUAACGUCUCUGAGAAGCCGCCCCCCCCCCCCCCCCCCCCCCCCCCCCCCCCCCCCCCCCCCCCCCCCCCGCACAGAUAUCCUGUCUGUCUGGACGUCCUCUUUCCCCUCCGCUCAGCAUCCUGUUACCCAGCCCCCACUCCCAGCCCCCUCCUUCCCUGCCUGCUCUCUGGCUCCACCGAGGCCCCUCACGCCCUUAAAGGGCCAGCCGGCACACAGCAGACACAGAUGAGGCGCCAUGACCAGACCGAGGGUCCUCUUUCUGGGCCUUCCCGAGGUCCCUGUCCUCCUGAGAUUCGAAGGGACUCUGGUUGUUUCCGUGGCCGGUGGCUGCGAGAGAGGGGCCUGGAGGAGGAGCCCGGGGUUGGGGUCUGUCUGUUCUUGGGUUUUUGGUGGUUGGGGAUGGUGACGUUUUGAAGUUAGGAUCCAAUGGAGGCCUGCCCUGUCCGGUGACCAGCUGGAGAGGGCACCUCUCCACGAGUGUCUGGUGUCCCCUGUGGCCUGUGCAGGAACAAAGCCCUUGUGGGCCCAAAGGCCAGGGCUCCCUCUGCCUCAGACAGGCGUCCCCCUCCCCUCUGCCUGCGGAGGCCCCUGGGGUUUUGUGGGGAGCCUCAGCUGAGCCAGAUCACGGUUAGCAGAGGUGAGGCAGGACCCAGGAUGUAUUUCGAGCAUGUAGAGAGAGGGAGGGGUGUGGACGGAAGUGAGGUGUAGGCAUAUUCAGCUCUAACCAAGGAUAAAAAUAAUAGCACGAAUCACUUCCUGGAGCCGACCCGACCCUUGGAGAGCCCUGGCUGGGGUGUAAGAGCAGCGUCUGUGUGGCUCCUGUGGUUUCACAGGGACCCUGGGCCACCUGCAUGUGACAAGUGACCCCCACAGCGGGGAUGCCUCUUCUGUGUGGCCGGGGACAUCGUUCCUGUGAGUCACACCUCUUCUCUCAGCGGCCCCCGGAGACCUGGCUUCGGGCUGGAGCUCGAGCUGCAGCCACUUAGAGGCUGUGUGACCAUCGUGAGCCAGCCCUGCCCCCUAGCCCGUGGGACUAACAGUCCCUCCUCGUGUUGCUGUGCGUUCCCCAGAGCAAGCUGCCUGCACAUCUUGGUGCCCAGAAAAUGCUAGUUUCCACUUCUCGUUAUGAAGUGACACUUAGACACUGUGCUGUGAUCUGGUUUACAGCAGAGCAAGGUUUGGGAGGAGGAAGUCGCCGAGCGCUGGGCAUUGAAGGAGUCGGAGAGCAGGUGGCUGGGAACUGGAGCCCUCACGCAGCGGGGGCUUGAGGGGCGGGGGGCUCGGGUGUCCAGAAUUUGGGCGGCUGGGCUGCAGACGGUCUGCACAGCCAGGCUGAGCUCAGUGAGGGGAGGGGACGCCCCCCGGCAAGGGAGCAUGCCCAGUGGCUUCUCUUUCAUUUCUUUUUUUUCCCCCCAAAUUUUUAUUUUUAAGUCAUCUCUGCACCCAAUGUAGGGCUAGAGCCCAUACGCCUGAGGACAGGAUCUGCAUGCUCUGGCGGCUCCAGCGCGCGGCCCUCUCUGUUUAAUUUGCGACGUGGUCAAGUUCACACAGUGUAAACAACUCUUCUAAAGCGUCCCAUUCAGUGAGUUUAGUACCUGCAUCUAUUGUGCAGCCGUCUUCACUCCCGAGGGAAGUCUCCUCCCGUGGAGCAGUCGCUCCCCACUCGGCCCUCCCGGUGCCUGUGCUCCUGUCCCCAUGGGUUUGCCUGUUGUGGACACUGUGCGAGCAGGGUCAUCAGGAUGCGGCCUCCUGCCCAGCUGUCGCCCUCAGCACGUGGGCUUGGGUUCACCCAACGCACAGCGUGGGCACCUCAGCCCUGCCCCUGGCCGAGCGUCACCCCGCAGCGAGCGCAGACCGCGUGGCGUUUGUCCCGCCGGCUGCCGGGCGGUCGGGCGUUUCGCGGUCACGAGCGCACUGCUGCGGACGGUCGCGCACAGGUGGUUGUCUCCACACCGUUUUCUGUGUUUUUGUGUAUAUUCCCUGGGGUAUUUGCUAGGUCGUGGCAACUACGGUUAGACUUUUUGAGGAACUGCUGCGCUGUUCGCCGCCGUGACUUCAACGUUUUCCAUCGCCAGCGCGCUGGGGAUCCGAUUUCCCCAUGUCCUCACCCGCUGUUGCUGGUGUCCUUACCUCGGUGUGGUCUGACCUGGGUUCCCUGGUGGCUGGCGAUGUGGAGUGUCUUCUCCUGUGCUGCUCGUGCACACUCUUUGGAGACAAGCUUGUUCAAGUCCUUGGCCGAUUUUUUACUUGGGUUGCUUGUCCCUGUGCUGUUGAGUAGGAGCUUUCUUUAUGCUGGACACGAAACUCAUAUUAGAUAUUCCAUUUGCAAAUAUUAUCUUACAUUCUGCAUGCUAUUUGGUGUCAUGCACAACAGAUCAUUGCUUAAUCCAACCCCAGUAAACACACCAUAAACGAGUCUUAACAUCCUUAGACAUCAGGAAAACGAAACUGAGAAGCACACUGAGUUGCCGCUUCACACCCAGUAGAAUGGCUGUUCUCUAAACACUGGAAGCUAGUUUUGGUGAGGAUGUCAAGAAAUUAGAACUGUCGUGCAUUUUUCGAUGGAAAUGAAAAAUGAUAGUGGUGAUGAUACCACAACAUGAUGAAUAUUCAUUUAAAAAUGGUGAAAAUGAGGGGAGCCUGGGGGGCUCAGUCAGUUAAGCAUCUGACCCUUGCUUU